CCCUUCCCCAGGCCAGCAUAGAGGUCCUUUGCGAAGAUCUGCAGAUGUCCAAGUCCCUCCCCAAAUAGUAGUCUCGGGCAAGGCCUUUUACCACCCAGCGCCUGCAGCUGGGGCUCAUCGACAGCCAAGAGCCUUCCCUCCCUCGGGACCAACACUUGCCCUAUCAUCCGAAGGCAAGAUUCCGACCUGAGGACUUGGAACAACCAAGCCAAAGCUCAGAGAUGGAAGCAGACGAGGUCACAGAAGAGCCUCCUACCAUCGUGGAUCCAAAGGAGCACCCUCCUUCAAAGGACUCCUCUGCUGAGGACCCACAGGAGUCCCCUAUCUCUGGAACUCCCUUGCAGCCUUCCAUCUCUGAGACCCCUUUAGAGCCCCGCACCUCUGAAUCCCCUUUGGUGCCUUCCCCUUCCCAGACCCCUUUAGAGUCCCACACGCCUUUGGUGCUAAACCCUUCCCAGACCCCAUUAGAGACCCACACCUCUGAAACCCUUUUCAAGCCUUCCAUCUCUGAGAUCCCUUUGGAGACCCCUAUCUCUGAGACCCAAUUGGAGACUCACAUCUCUAAGGUCCCUGAGAAACACCUUAUUUUUCAACACUUAACAGCAGGUCAGGUCUCUGUGUCUUCCUCUAACACUUUGAGGGAAGACCUCUCCUCUGAGUCUUCUUCCAGUGAGGUCCCAUGGACAAGGAGGUCCACUCUGGUACCUGAAUCUGAGAGAUUUCCAAAGCACUCCUUUUCAGGCCCUUCAGCCCAAGUCCACCUGGAUACCUCUGCAAAGCAGAAGGAAGAAGCAGGAGAGAACGAGGAUGGAAUGGAAACCAGUCACUGCGCUGCUCACACACCCCAGCCUGGACACCAGCUGGGCAAAGAGAAGUGGAAGAAAGGACUUAGCUGUUACACAGUCCACCCAGACAUCCCUGCUAAGCAGGAAGAGGUGGUGGAAGUGGCUAAAGCAAUGCACAGACAGCAGUUUGGUGCUCAGGUGAAUCAUCUUUUCCAGUGGGAGAAAAAUGCAUCCCUCAAUGCCAUCCAGACAGGUCUCUACAUCGGCUGGCGCUGCCCCCAUUACCUAUGGGACUGUUUCCGGAUUGGGAAUGAGUCCAAGUGCUUUUGUGGUCACUUGCUGAGAGAGCACCAGGUCAUCUCAGACAUAUCCGUACCCUGCCAUGUGAGCCAGUGCCGCUGCCUCAUGUUCUGCUUUAUCCCAUCACGCCCAGAGGAGGUGGGUGAAUUCUGGCUCAAGAGACGGGCCACCUUCGACCCCAAGGCCUGGAGAGCCCAAUGUCGCUGCAAACACAGCCAUGAAGACCAUGCAGCCACUGGGUCCCAUCCCUGCAAGCAUCAUGGCUGUUGCUGCAACUGUUUUGAGUCUAAUUUCCUCUGUGCGGCCUGUGACCGGUGCUGGGAGGAACAUGAGACUUUCUUUGAGACCAGGGAGACCCGGCGACGAGGAGGAAGGCCUCAAGGGACAGACACUGUCAACAACUGGCGCAGGCCUUUGUGAGCCUGGCCCAGAUCAGCAGUAAAGCAGAAGUCACAGAAAUCU